GAGCCAGAACCAAGAACCUCCUCACUUUACCUUUUGUGUGCGGGACCACCAAGCGAGCAGUGGAAACUACACAUUCAAAUCACCACAAGAUGCCACAAUCCCAAAAUCUGUGGAUUGGAGGACCAAAGGCCUGGUCAGCCCAGUAAGAAAUCAGUUCAUUGCAGUUAACAGGUGUGGCCACUGUUGUGAGUCUUGCUGGGCUUUCAGUGCAGCGGGGGUCCUUGAGGCACAGAUGGCAUGAAAAACUGGCAAGAUGAUCCCACCGAGUCCACAGAACCUGGUGGACUGCAGCACCAGUUAUGGUAACCAUGGCUGCAAUGGUGGCUUAAUGUCCAAAGCCUUCAAGUACAUCAUUGACAAGGAUGGCAUCGACUCGAACAAAGUUUACCCCUAUGACGGAAAGGAUGGAAAAUUCCGGUACUCAGCUCAAGGGAGAGCUGGAUACUGCUGGAGCUUUAGGUUCCUUCCUCAUGGUAAUGAGAAGGCUCUGCAGUACACUGUUGCCACCGUGGCUCCUGUAUCUGUCGCCAUCUCGUCCACUCUGGGCACUUUCCGCUCCUACAAGGGGGAAUAUAUAAUGAUCCAAGAUGCACUCUGAAACCCGACCACGCAGUGCUGGUAGCGGGGUACGGAACGGACCGU